CAAAGCAGAGCUCCAUACGCAGAAGCCAAGUUCGUCUCUGCAACAACACCCUUCGGAGACGAGCCAGAAGCACCGUCGCGUGCCAAUGUCGUCAGGUCAGCCGCCGUCGCCGCCGCCGCCGCUGCCCCAUGUCCUCCUCGUCUCUGCGCCUUUUCAGGGCCACGUCAACCCGCUCCUCGUCCUCGGCCGGCGCCUCGCCUCCGAGGGCCUCCUCGUCACCUUCUCCACGGCCCCUCAUGCGGGCCUCAAGUUCAAGCACGGCGAGGAGGACGACGCGGCCGCCGACGGCGCCGGGCGCGGCGCGCUCCGGUUCGAGCACAUGCGUGGCGAGGGGCUGUGGGCCCCUGACGACCCGCGGUACCGCGCCACCGACGACGUGGCGCGCCACCUCGACGACGUGGCCCCCGCGGCGCUCGCGGAGAUCAUCCGCCGCCAGGCCGACGCCGGGCGCCCUGUCACGUGCGUCGUGGCCAACGCCUUCGCCCCGUGGGCGCUCCGCACCGCGGGGGCCGUGGGUGUCCCGGGCGCCAUGCUGUGGACGCAGUCCUGCACCGUCCUGUCACUCUACUACCACUACUUCCACUCGCUCGCGGCGUUCCCCUCGGGGGACGCCGGGCCGGACGCGCCGGUCGACGUCCCCGGGCUGCCCGCGCUGACCGCCCGCGAUCUCCCGGCCCUCAUUCACGCGCCGGAGGAGCUCGUCUGGCGCCAGGCGAUGUUGUCGGACAUCGCCAGCCUCCGCGAGACGGCGUCGUGGGUGCUCGUCAACACCUUCGACGAGCUCGAGCACGCGGCCAUCCAAGCGCUUCGUGCGCACCUGCCAGUCUUGCCGGUCGGCCCGCUCUUCGAGACGGAGGACGGCGGCGGCGGCCACGACGUAUGCACGGCGUGGCUCGACGCGCAGCCACCGCGAUCGGCGGUGUUCGUAGCGUUCGGCAGCCUCGUGAACCUCAGCCGCGACGAGAUGGCGGAGGUGGCGGGCGGGCUGGCGUCCACGGAGCGGCCGUUCCUGUGGGUCGUGCGCGACGACAGCCGCGACCUCCUCCCGGCCGCCGCCGCCGCGAGCGGCGAUAGUAACACCAGGGGCAAGGUGGUGCCGUGGUGCGAGCAGCGGCGCGUGCUCUCGCACCGCGCCGUCGGGUGCUUCUUGACGCACUGCGGGUGGAACUCGACCACGGAGGCGCUCGCGGCCGGGGUGCCCGUCGUCACGUACCCUGUGUGGUCCGACCAGCGCACCAACGCCGCGCUCCUGGUGGACGCGUGCGGCGUCGGGGUCCGGCUCCCGGCGCCCACCACGCGCGACGCGCUGCGCCAGUGCAUCGAGGCGGUCAUGAAGGGUACACUGGAGGGGGAGGACAUACGGGCAAGGGCCGAGGAGUGGAAGGGCAAGGCGAGCGCGGCGGUGGCCGACGGCGGGUCGUCGUGCAGGGCCACACGGGAGUUCGUUGGCGCUGUAGUGUCCAUUGGAGCUGGUAACUGAAGCGCAUGCAGUCGUGUUUAUUCUCGCCUUUGUUCCGUAAGGCAAGUACGUAUAUUAUACCCAAGCAUGCAAUUUACGCUAUACUGUAUGUGUAAGCCAAUAAAGGUCUGUGUGUUAAAGUCCUCAGCAGCGCACGCAUUUUUAUCU